AUGGCUAUAUUAUACAUUUAUAUUCUCCUAUUGUUUAUCGGUAGCUCAAUUGGAAUACUUCCAAGACUCUAUUCAUCGGAUACGCUUGGAAAUGGUGUUACUUUGUAUCAAGAAGGGUAUUUACGUUCCACAAAUGAGGCUUAUUAUGCUAUUAUGCAACGUGAUGGUAAUUUUGUUGUUUAUACAUCGUCAGAUUUUAGUCCAGUAAAUGCACAAUGGAGUUCUAAUUCGACUGGUAAAGGUCAACAACCAUUUCGUUUAAUGAUGCUAGAUAACGGUAAUUUGGUCAUCCGUGAUGUUAACAAUAAACAAAUAUGGAGUACUCAUACAGCAGGAAAAGGCGCGAAACCUCAUCAUCUUAUUAUGCAAAUUGAUCGAAAUCUUGUUCUAUAUGAUGGCAAUCAUGAACCAAUAUGGGCAUCAAACACAACAAAAUGGUGGUGA